CUGAUUCCCUGUCCUUUAUCUGUUUGGCUCUGACACCCGUAUGUUGCAAAAGAGAGAACCAGCCCAAGCAAGAGAAUGAAAUGAAAGCAAAUACAUCUCAUUAGAAAUAUGUUUGUCACUCGUCAUAUACCAACAGACCAUCAGGAUUUAAUCCAUGAUGUUUCAUACGAUUUCCAUGGUAGACGAAUGGCAACAUGUUCAACAGAUCAAACAGUCCAGAUAUGGGAUUUACAAGAUAAUGGUGAAUGGAAGUGUACAGCAAGUUGGAAGUCACACAGUGGGUCUGUAUGGAGGGUAACAUGGGCUCAUCCAGAAUUUGGACAAGUUAUUGCAACAUGCUCCUUUGACAGGACUGUUUCUGUAUGGGAAGAAUGUGUAGGGGACACUGGCAGAGACGGAGUACAAAGCAACUGGAUUAGAAAAACUAGUCAUGUUGAUAGCCGUACAUCAAUAAUGGAUGUCAAGUUUGCUCCAAAACAUUUAGGACUAUUGCUAGCCACAUGUUCAGCAGAUGGCAUUGUGAGAAUAUAUGAAGCACCAGAUGUAAUGAACUUAAGCCAGUGGUCCUUGCAACAUGAAAUUAUGUGUAAAAUCAGCUGUAGCUGUAUAUCAUGGAAUCCUUCAAGAAUGCAUGCUCCAAUGAUAGCUGUAGGAAGUGAUGAUCCAAGUCCAUCAGCAGGAGGGAAAUGUCAGAUAUAUGAAUUCAAUAGUGCUAAUAGAAAAUGGAACAAAGUAGAAAGUCUAAGCGUAGUUACGGAUCCAGUUCACGAUGUUGCUUUUGCUCCAAACCUUGGAAGAUCUCAUCAUUUACUAGCAAUAGCAUCAAAAGAUUUGAAAAUUAUAAGUCUCACACCACUAGGGAGAGAUGCUGCAUUGACCACACAAGGAAGUAAAUUUAAAAUGCAACAAGUAGCAGAUUUUUCAGAACAUGAGUCACAGGUAUGGAGACUUAGUUGGAAUGUUACUGGUACCAUAUUGUGUUCAUCAGGAGAUGAUGGCUGUGUAAGGUUGUGGAAAGCAAAUUAUCUAGGAAGUUGGAAAUGCAUUGCUGUCUUGAAAGGUGAUGGAAGUCAAGUACAACAGAUGGACAUCAAUCAGAGUUCAAUGGCCUCUAGUGGCCAGGGGCAAUCUAACAGUGGUGUCAGGGGCCCUCCACCAGGAGUAAUGAAUAUGAACAUCAAGAGAAACUCUGGAUGGCCUUUAUUCAAUACACAAAAAGACCAAGGAAAGGCAUAUUACUAAUUAUCAAAUGAAGAGGAAAAAAAGCAAUAGUGUUGUAAGUCCAUGUUUAAAAAUUAAUAUGUCGAUUCCAUAUUUAGGAUCAAUAUUGUUAAUAAUUGUUAAGUUUGUUUUAGAAAUGUUAUUGACACAAGCAGCUCAAAUUAUUGUGCCUUAAAGAAUUGUACUGUAAAAUGGUGUAUUUUCAGGACGUUAAAAAUUCUCUAUUUCUAAGGCCAAACCAGUUACUGAUGUUUUAUUUUUGUUGUUUCCUCAACUUUGAAUCUAGUCUGCCUUAACAAUCAAAUUUAUCCGGUUGAUAUUUUCCUGAUUUUAUAUAUAAAUCUGCAGCAACAAAAAAAUAAAACCCUGAAGAAAAUUUCCUGUUUUACAGUAUUUAAAAUUGCAUAACACAAUCAAAAUUAAUUUUCAUUUGAAUAGUUAAAUGUAUAUGGUAGAGAUAAGUCAGAAGUUCUUUUUAUCUGUUGGUGAAAAAUUGAUUGUAAUUCUUAUUUUCCAUCCCCCUAUUCAUGUAUAUUUUUUUACCUCCCAUUUAUAUUUGUAAUGACUAAGUGAAUUUCACUGACAUAUUAGAAAAUCUCCGGUGAUUUAUUGAAUUAUGUGCCUUUUAAUGAUUAAAUAAUUUCUUUGUUUCUCAAGGCAUAUAAUAAGACUACCAUUUCAUUUACGAUAUGCAAUAAAUGUGUUUUGUUUGUUUAAUUUGGCUAGUAUGUAUUAUUUGUAUUUUCCUGCUUAUUUUAGUUAAGUUGAGUGUAACAAAUAAUGGAAUCAAUUUUGAUGUACCAGCUGCCAAUUUUGACAAAUUAUGUUCCUUUAGUGUGACCUGAGAGUAAGAUAAGUUCAUUCACCUGAAAUAUUAAUGAUUUUCACCUUUGCAAUUCUUUUAUAUAAAUUCAACACUGAACAUCAAAACUUGUAUCAGUAUUAAUUUAUAUCAAUUUUAUGCUUCAACAUAUAUGGAAUUGAAUAACCAGUAAAUUUAUAUACUAUAAACUAACUUAUUUUAACAGGAGAUUAGUUUUCAUGUUUAACCCUUUCUAGUGAUCUCUAGUCUACUUCACUAGUGAUCUCUAGUCUACUUCACAGCAAUUUAUUUCCAUGAUUUUCUGACUUUGUUUAUGCAUGUAUAUCAGAGAAAAUCCAAGUUUUACAUAUUUCAGAAUAUUUAUAUUUAUAUUAUCUUUUUACUUUGGUAAAGCCACAGAAAUUAAUGGCUUGCCAAAAGUUAUUUGGUUUAAAGUUUGUUGAUAUCUCAAGAACACAGUUUGUCUAAGAUAUAUCAAUAUGACAUUUUGCAAAUCAAUAAUGAAAUCCUCUUUAACUCAUCAAUAUGGCGUACAUUUCACACAAGCAUAUUUGUCCAAUUUUGUGUUCAGAAACCUUUUAUGAUAUAUGAGUGCUUUAGCUAUAAAAGGAUGAUACCUAGGCUCCAUUGAUACAACUUUUUACGAUCUUGAUGGAUCUUUGGACAUACCAGUUUUAAAAAUGAUGAGUCCAGACAGAUUUUCAUGAUUCCAGGACUCAUGGACUUACCUCAGUGAGGACCAUGUGCAACAAUAUAUAACACUGUUUUCAGUUACAUUUUUUGCUCUUUUCAUACAUUUUUUUACCGAGUGAUCUCACUUUACAAUAAACAAGCAAGAAGAUUUCAUUAUUAUUUACCAUCACCUUAUACUUUUUAAGAUUAAACUAUAUACUUACACUGCAUAGAUGUUUCAUAAGAUUCCAUUCGUUUGAUUGGCAGACAACCUUCAUGAGGCAGUCCAAUACUGUAAAUUCAGAAAUUAUAUGCAAGGUUUAUAUAAUUAGUUAUCAAAAGUACCAGGAUUAAAAUUUAGUACGCCAGACGCGCGUUUCGUCUAAAUAAGACUCAUCAGUGACGCUCAGAUCAAAAUAGUUAUAAAGCCAAACAAGUACAAAGUUGAAGAGCAUUGAGGACCCAAAAUUCCAAAAAGUUGUGCCAAAUACAGCUAAGGUAAUCUAUUCCUGGGAUAAGAAAAUCCUUAGUUUUUCGAAAAAUUCAAAGUUUUGUAACAGGAAAUUUAUAUAAAUGUGAAUAAUGUGAUUACUUGAGUAUCACACUAAUAAGAACUCACAUUCUAAUAUCAAAUACAUAUAUCUGUAUGUACCUUUUCAAAAAAUCGCAAUAAUUAAACUCACAUUUUUGUUAAUUCUUCAAAAGUCGCAAUGAUAAAUACAUGCAAUAAUUUCUGAAUUGACAGUAUUAAAAUUUAGUUAAGGAAUGACUGUAAUAUUUUUACUGUCUAUGAAGAAAUAACAUAAAAAAAUGUGGUGCAGACUAAAUAACCCAUGUAGCAGGUUUUUUAAAAGUGUGCACCAUACUUUUUAGGUUAUUUUGAAUAGACAGAAAAAAUGUAACAGUCAGUCUUUAUAAUUUAAUUCUAAAUUCCAUUUUUAAGGAGUUAAUCAUGAAAAAAAUGUUGAUGACGUCACAGUCACAUGACAAAAUAAUGUCUAUGAGCUGAUAGAGAAAAAAACUUUCAGCCAAUUAAGAGACAUGUUACAUCCUAAAUUAGAUUAUUCCUCAAUAAAAUGCCACAUUAAUGACUGCAUGCCAUCUUCAUGACAAUUUUAUAAUGUAUAGGAAAACAAAUACAAAGUUUAAUUUGACUCUUAAUUUCAUAAUAAUAAUAUAAAAAUGUAAUUAUAAGAAUUGAAUGGCUGUUUUUGUAAUUCUUUAUGGUUGUAUAAGGGUUGAUCAAGCAUCCUUUUUUUUAAGCAUAAAUGGCUUCUACACUUCAUACAAAAGUUCUUCAUUCUAUGCUUUUACACCCUAAUAGAAUUACCAAGCAAUGUACUCAAUUCUUAAUUAAAUUCUCAAAGAUCUUAUUAUAUACCUCUUUUAAGAACAAUACUUUUUGAUAUUUACAAAAUCAAACAAUUUAAAAGAGGAUUCACAUAUGUUCAAUUUUUUGAUGGUUUUUGGUUAAAUGCAUGAAAGAAAAUCUCAACCCAAAGAUACUCUUUGCAGCAUGAAAAAUAUUAUCAAUAGCAUUAGUGAAUCAACAUUAAGUUUUGGUAAAACUAAAGAUCCUUUGUUUAAAAAAUUCAUGUAUAUUUAGGAAAAAUUUGAGAAGAAAAAUCAUUGACCUUUCUUAAGCAUAUUUUGUAGACUCUUUAAAGUGUAUUUGCAGUUUAAGUUCAGAUGGUCUAUAGUUUGUCUUAAUGAAUAUUUAUUUUUUUAAUCUUGAUACAUGUAUUUGAAAAAUGUGCAAAGAAUUAUUCAUAUUGCAUCUUAGAUAUGCUGUCAGUAUUUUAUCAUUUUUAGUGCCUUUAUUUCUUAAUAUAUAUUAUUAGAAAAUACUACGUUCAUGUUUUUUUACUUACUCAGGUAUUCAACUUAGUAAUUCAGUUAUUGAUUAAUAAUUUUAUGUAAUGGUUUUUGAAUUAUUUUUGAUUUUUUAAGUUUUUACAUUGUUUAUUGAUAUUAAGUAUCACACUUGUUAAAACUCUUAUUGAAUUAUCCAUUUGAAAAAAAGUCAUGUGAACAGGAGUGUCUUCAGAAAAGUUACCCAUAGCAGAAUUAAUUAACUCCAAAACUCAAUAUUUAUUUGAUAAAAGCUUUUGAAAAUUGAUAGCAGUUAACAGUGAUAUUGUGUAAAUCAAACAGUUCGAUGCAGUUUCUCUACCUUAUACAAACAUGAAUUAUUCUACUGUAAAACAUAUUGUAAAUGCGGGAAAUCUGAUUAAAAAAUCUCUUGUUUACUGCAUUUGUAUUUUGAUCAAUGUAUGGAAUGUAUGGAUAUUAGUUUUUCCCAUUUAAAAAUAAUUUAGAAAUUACUAAAAGCACAUUAUUUGCACUGAAUAUUCAAUUUUCAAAUUUUAAAUUUCUAUAUGAAUAUAUUCACUCUGAUAAAAUCCCUUAUUUUAAUAUCCAUACUUAAAAACAACAAGGCAGCUUAUUUCAGCCGUUUCAUUUAAAAUUUUUCUAAGCCCAGAAGUUUUAUUUAGGGUAGAUCGUUUUUCUCUAACUUUUUAGGAAAAUUAUGUGUUAUUGUCAGAGCUUAGUAAAAAGUUGGAUGAGUUCCAAAAAGUCGGGGAAAAUAUUAUUUCCCUUAGGAAAAUGUUCUGGAAAAAGUAGCCUACCCUGCAUUUUAAAUAAAACUUACAGGGAUGGAAAUCCAAGUUUUAAACAAAAUGGCUGUGAAUUAGCAGUUGAUUUUAAGUAUGGAUAGUAAAAUAAUGGAUUUAAUCAGAGUGGAUAAUUUCACCAAAAACAAGGUAAGAUAUGCUUAGUAAUAUUAUGUGUGUGGUAUAAAAAUAGAAAAUUGUAUAAACAGUGCAAAAAAUGAUUUUUUUAUAUCCAAAUCAUGUAAACAAGAGCCUGUGACUGAAAGGGUUGAUAAUUCUUCUAUUUCUAGGAUAAUAGAUAAGUUUCUUGUCCUUUGAAACCUUUUUGCAUUAAAACUGGUCAAUAAAGCAGCCAAAACUGUG